AAACCUCAAGAGCUUUCCAAGCAUGGAUCCACACGCAGCGAUGAACGCGGACGCGGGCCGGGACUUGGACGUGGUAAUGACGGUGAGUUCUCGAUCAAACUUCCAGUCUCUCUUCUCGGCCUGGAAGCCUGUCCUCCAGGACCACCACCUCAUCGUAGUUUUGGAGACGGACGACGCCAUGGACGAGGAGGAGCAAGACGAGCAGCAAAAAGUUCUGCAAAACCUCCUCCUCCUCCACGAACUUAACUCCGAGGUCGUCACCAAGCGGGACGCCGAGAAGUUCCUGGAGGCCCUGGCCACCAAGAGCAGCAAGCGCCACUCCAUCACGCUCAGCUCCCUCCUCCUCAAUCCUUUCGUUGGAAGCGCCUGUCGAUCCUUCGGCUUUCUCGUCUCCAAAGCCCGCUACGUCGUCUCCUUCCUCGAGGACGUUGUCCCGGCCAAAGAUCUCGGCUCCGGAGAGCUCCUGGACGCUGUCGAGCAGCACCUGGCCAAUCUACGCUCCAAGGCCACGCCGUACUACUUCAACACCCUGUAUGAUCCACACCGCGCGGACUCGGUCGGCUUUGUCCGCGGCUACCCGUUUAGCCUGCGUCUCGGCGUCACCACCGUCAUGUCGCACGGCUUGUCGCUCGGCUUGCCCGACUAUGACGCUCCCACGGCCAUUGUCAAGCCACACGAGCGCACGCAGCGCUACGUGGACGCCGUCGUCACCAUCCCCAAAGGCUCACUAUUCCCUCUCAGCGGAUCCAACGUAGCGUUUGAUCGACGGCUGAUAGGACCAUGCAUGCUUCUUCGUCUAGGCAUCGGCGGCCAGGAUUCGCUGUUCUCGGGCUCUAGCAGCUCCACGAGUGUCGAUGAUGUCUGGGCUGGCUUGUGUGCUAAAGUGGUAGCGGACCAUCUCGGCUUUGGCGUCAAGACUGGAGUUCCAUACGUUUGGAGAGGACCUGAUAGUUCUUUUUCUUCCAAUGGCGCUGUUGCUGGGGCUCUUGCAAGCUUGAAGACCGAGUUUAAACCGCUGCUCCUGCUGGAAGACGUCGUACCUUUCUUCCAAACUCUUCGGCUUUCCAAGAAUGCUACUAACGCGGAGGAUUGCUACGCGGAGAUUGCUCGAAUGGUUAAAGGUAAGCUGAGAGGUCUCGAUCCGAGCUUUGAAAGAGUAGCUGCUGUCAUGGAGACCUGGGCUGAUGCCUGGAAAGCCAUCAACUCUGCUGUGUAAGAUCUUCAAACAAAAUUUAUUACCUCUGA